AUGUGUAACUACUCAAGGUCUACUUGUUUCCAACGCGUGAAUAUAAAAAGCAAGUGCUCGUUAGUGAAUUGCAAUCACAAUCGAAUCGGCAAUUUAGCAGCGCGCUUCGCCAAAACAGCACCGCAACAAACGCACACAAACACGCACGCACUCAUAGACGCACGCACAGACUCACCGACGCACUUUACACCAAACAAGCAGCGCAGAGGCAAUAAUAACAAGAAACAGCGCAAGAAUGAAAAUACCGUUUCUAAUUUAUCAACGCACAUUUGGAAUUCCACACAGCGUUUUCUCACUUUGACGCUUGUCGCAUGUGCGACUUUAGGCGCUGUCAGCGCAGAUGUCUCACACUUGGCCAAACACUACAUACCACCAAGAAUGAUGAUGCCACCUGUUGUGGGCGGCAGCGCAGCGCACAUGAGCCCGAGUAACGGUAUGCGCUUAACUCACCGCGGGGAGCACACUGUCACCACGAUUGAGAAGCAGGAAUUGCGCGAGUUGCCGACACAAACGGAAUAUCUGCGACCGGGACAGAUGCCUUAUGGCAUCGGUGGCAACAUGGAAAACCACCAUGGACCAAGUGACAUGCGCGCAGCUGAACAUAGUGUCGAGAAACCGCUGGCGAUGAUGAUGCCAAGAGAAUUGUUGCCACCACCACCACCACCACCGGCACCAACAGCAACCGAACCAAUCAAACAAGAACAGAUGGCAACUGUUGCACCUAGUAAACAGUAUUUGGCGCCUGUGAUGAGCGAAAUGAACGAAGGACAGAUGAGGCAACAUAAUGGUGAUAUGCCAUCAAAGCAGUACUUGGCACCAGCAAUGAUGGAAGUGCAACAACAAAGGCAAGUAAGUGCGACAAAUAUGCCCAGCAGACAGUAUUUGGCGCCAAUGGUGAAAGAUCAAAAGCAAGAGCAGACAGAGCAACAACCCCAACAGCAACAGCCACAACCCCAGCAACACCAACAAGCUCAGCAACAGCAACAACCAACACCAGCAGCACCAUCGCGCCAAUAUCUAACACCAAUGCUGAUGCAAAUGCGAGACCAAAUGCAUGAAAUGCCAGCAAUGAAUGCACCAAGCAGGCAAUACUUGGCGCCAGCACCAGCAAUGCCAGCCAGCAACGAACAACAUUUGCAACAGCAAUCAGCGCCAGCACCACAGUACUUGCCACCACAACAACCGAUGCACGAAAUGCCCGUCAAUCAAUAUUCAGCGCCACAUUCAAGCGACAGCCACGCCAUGACAAUGCAGCAGCUGAUGGAGCAACAAAAUCAGAUGGCACCACAAGCAACACAAUCACCAGCCACCCACUACUUGCCACCCGCAAUGCAAAUGCAACGCGAGUUAGCCGCACCACCAAUGCCGGUGGCGCCACCAAUGCAGCCAUCGCGUGAAUAUCUCAGUCCCUUCGGCGAAGCUGAAAACGUUGCCGAAGCUGCGCAAGAAGUCGCCGAAAUGUUCGAUGACCAGUCGGCACAACAACCGAUGCCACCACCGGCAGCCGAGGGUGAGGAGGAGCCCGCUAACUACUAUCUUCCGCCACAGUCCGUGGACGCGCAGUCAAUCAACUAUCAGCAUUACGGCGCGCCAUCACAGUCGGAACCCUUGGCACCUGUUGAUUUUGUGCGUCAACAUCAACAGUUGAUGACGCAAUACAAUGGUGUACCCGAUGCACCAGUAUCUUUCGCUCAGUUUCAAUCGAUAAACAGCGCCGAACCCACUCUACAAACGGUGGCUGAGCCUACACCUGCACAUUACUUAGCCGAUGAUGGUUAUCAUUAUCGCGAUGGCGGCAAUAGUAAUGUACUCAGCAACGGUAAUGACGAUGCACGCCGCUUUCGUGUGAGACACUGA